AAAAUGUACUGUAAUCUACAGUAAAUGUCGUCGUUGACAACGAGGAGAAUAUUCCUUACCAUCCACUCACUUCCAAGAGACCCUUAUGAGCCCUACGGAGAGGGUGUGAGAGAUGGAAAAGAUGGUGAAUACGAGCCAUGUACUAGUAGUUCCACUGCCAGGCGCAGGCCACAUAAAUCCCAUGCUGCAGUUCUCUAGGCGUUUGGUCUCCAAAGGGCUCAAAGUCACCUUCAUAAUCACCAAAUUCAUAUCCAAGUCCAGGCAACUUGGCUCAUCAAUUGGUUCCAUUCAACUCGAUACCAUAUCAGAUGGCUAUGACGAUGGAUUUAAUCAAGCUGGUAGCAGGGAACCCUAUCUUUCAAGCCUACAUGAUGUUGGUCCAAAAACCCUAUCAGAACUCAUCAAGAGAUACCAAACCUCUUCAAGCCCUAUCCAUGCUGUAAUAUACGAGCCUUUCUUGGCUUGGGCUCUGGAUGUGGCAAAGGAUUUCGGGUUAUUUGCAGCUGCUUUUUUUACACAUGCUUGUGCUGUUGAUUACAUCUUUUACAAUGUCUACCAUGAAGUGUUAAAGAUGCCAGUUUCUUCAACCCCUGUGUUGAUCGAGGGAUUACCACUACUGCUUGAACUUCAAGACUUGCCAACAUUUGUUGUUCUGCCAGAUUCAUAUCCUGCUAAUGUCAAGAUGAUCAUGAGUCAGUUUGCUAAUUUGGACAAGGCUGAUUGGAUCCUCAUCAACACUUUCUACAAGCUGGAGUGUGAGGUAGUGGAUACAAUGUCAAAAGUUUGUCCAUUAUUGACAAUUGGACCAACAAUCCCAUCAAUAUACUUGGACAAGAGUAUUGAAGAUGAGGAUGACUACGGUAUUAGUCUCUGUGAAAUAGACGCAUCUCUUUCUAUCAAUUGGCUCAGCACUAAGCCCACUGCAUCAGUUGUAUAUGUGUCCUUUGGUAGCUGUGCUACUCUAAGCAGAAAGCAAAUGGAGGAAAUUGCGUGGGGCUUAAAGAGGAGCAAUUUUCACUUCUUGUGGGUGGUGAUGGAUUCUGAGAAAGGGAAGAUCCCAGAAGGGUUUGUUGAAAAAGUGGAGAAUAAGGGAUUGGUAGUGAAUUGGAGUCCCCAAGUGAAAGUGCUAGCAAAUGAGGCUGUGGGAUGUUUUUUCACACAUUGCGGUUGGAACUCAACAAUCGAGGCAUUGAGCUUGGGUGUGCCAAUGGUGACAAUGCCAGGAUGGAGUGAUCAACAAACGAAUUCUAAACUCGUUGAAGAUGCUUGGAAGGUGGGAGUCAGAGCUAAGGUUGAUGAGCAUGGAAUUGUGAAAAGAGAAGAGAUUGCCAUUUGCAUAAAAGAAGUGAUGGAGGGAAAUAGAGGCAGAGAAAUGAAAAUGAAUUCCAAGAAAUGGAAAGAGCUGGCUAUCGAGGCUACGAGCGAAGGUUGCACCUGCCCUGACUUCAUCUCUAUAAUGCCUCUCUAUUGUGUUUGAGAGACAAGAAUUGAAAAAAAAUGGUCAAGGAAAAAAGAGCUAGGGAGAGUCAUGUCCUAGUACUCCCUUUGCCUCUGCAGGGUCAUAUAAACCCAAUGCUGCAAUUUUCCAAACGUCUAGCCUCAAAAGGCCUCAAGGUCAUGCUCAUCAUCACCCCUUCUAUUGCCAAGUCUAUGCAAGGCCAAGAUAGUUCCAUCAAUUUGGAACCAAUCUUUGAUGGAUCCAAGGAAGGUGAAAUGGCAGCAAACAUUGAUAAGUAUUUCGAGUGUUACAAGCUCACAAUGCCUCACAGCUUAUCCAAC